AUGGAGAGAGUUUUCGCCCCAGCCUCGGUGUGGGAGACAGUCGCCAUUGACUUUAACGGACCCUACACUAAGUUCAAUGACAUCUUAAUCCUGGUUAUAGUGGACUACCGAUCCAGGUAUAUAAUUGCUAAACCGGUCCCAUCUACGAGUUUCGAGAAUACGAGAUCCGUGUUGGAUGAGGUUUGCGACAGAGAGGGUUACCCGAAACACAUAAAAUCGGACAACGGUCCCCCCUAUAAUGGCGAAGGAUAUAAAGACUACUGCCGAGAGCACGAUAUUCUCACCAUCUUCUCCACCCCGCUAUAUCCCCAGCAAAAUGGCCUAGUAGAGGGCUGUAUGAAGUUGGUGAAUAAUGCGAUGACUGCGGCGGCUACAAAUGGGAAGAGUUACAAAGCGGAACUGAAGGCGGCAAUCCAUGCCUACAACGCUGCUGCACACUCCGUCACAGGUGAUGAUGGGCCAGAAGAGGUGAUGAUGGGCCGCAAAAUAAAGCGGGGACUGCCCCUCCUCUGUAGGGGAAAAACCACGUUCAAUGAUGAACUAUUAAAUUCAAAGGACCGAGAGUCCAAACGACAAGCUAAAGAGCGAGAAGACGCUAAACGCGGAGCACGUGUGUGCCGAGUUGGACCAGGAGACACGGUAGUUGUGGAGCGUCAUGGUCGUGCAAAAGCAGAAUCCCGAUUUGAUCCCCGGAAGUAUACGGUAUUGGAAGAGCGAAAUAGUAUGCUCGUUUUGAUUGACGAAAAUGGACAAAUUUGGAAGAGGCACGUAUCACAGACCAAGAAGGUGAGUGAAUGGAGGGUGCCCGACAAAAUGAACAGCGCAGCAGGCAGUAGCAGUGGCGAACAAAUCAGAGAACGAUCUCCUGUACAGAAACUUUCACGACAACCAGGAGAGACCCAGCGAACAACGCGAGAUAGACGUAAACCAUCCUAUCUCGAAAACUACGUUCACAACGUGGAACAAGAAACUACUCAAGACUUAAACGUUUGUUUCAUUUAA